GGGUCGGGCGAGUGCUCCUGAAUGUUUGUGAGGAUUUCUCCCUGCAGCUCGUCGAGUCCCUCGUCCCUCCCUCAGACGCACCGUCCUUCCUCUCUCUGUCUCUGUGCUUUUGUUCUGCCGGGACAAUGACCGUGGGGAACAUGGAGAGCGCCCAGCUGUUCGAUGCCGGGAAGAAAGGUCGAGGCCUGAGGGCCACCAAGGAGCUCAGUGUUGGGGACGUGGUCUUCGCCGAGCCCAGUUUCUCUGCUGUGGUCUUCGACAGUUUGUCCACUCAGGUGUGUCACAGCUGUUUCCGGCGUCAGGCCAACCUGCACCGCUGCGCUCAGUGUAAGUUCGCCCACUACUGCGACCGCACCUGCCAGACGGCAUGCUGGGACGAACACAAGCAGGAGUGUGGAGCCAUCAGGAAGGUCGGCAGGGCCCCCAGCGAGAGCGUACGUCUGGCUGCUCGGGUGCUGUGGCGUAUUCACAAGGACACGGGCAUCGCGUCGGACAGUCAGCUGGUCUCUGUGGACCAGCUGGAGGACCACGUGUCCGACCUGUCUGAAGAGGACCUGAAGCAGAUGAAGACUAACGUGCAGAGCUUCCAGGAGUACUGGUCCUACGGCCGGAAGAAACACUCUGCGGAGGAAAUCUCUCACAUCUUCGGCAUCAUCAAGUGUAAUGGAUUCACUCUGAGUGAUCAGCGAGGCCUGCAGGCCGUUGGAGUCGGUCUUUUCCCAAAUCUUUGUCUGGUCAACCACGACUGUUGGCCAAACUGCACCGUCAUCCUCAACAACGGCAACCAAUCAGCUUUGAGUUCUGCUCUCCACUCUCAGAGGAGGAUCGAGCUGCGAGCUGUUGAGAAAAUCCCCGAGGGCCAGGAGCUGACGGUCAGCUACGUGGACUUCCUGAACCUUUCAGCCGACCGUCAGAAGAAGCUGAAGGAGAAUUUCUUCUUCGAGUGCAGCUGUGAGCACUGCAGCAAGCACACCAAGGACGACCUGAUGAUGGCGCCCGCAGACAGCAAACCGUCUGCUGAUAAAGUGAAGGAGGUGACCGCCUUCAGUAAAGACAGUCUGGAGAAGAUUGAGGUGGCCCGUGUGAACAUGGAUUACCACGAGGUGGUGAAGCUGUGUCGUGAGUGUGUGGAGAAGCAGAAGGACGUCCUGGCCGACACUCACCUCUACACGCUGCGUGUGCUCAGCAUGGCCAGCGAGGUUCUGUCAUACCAGCAGAAGUUCUCAGAGGCUGCGGUCUUGGCCCGCAGGAUGGUGGAGGGAUACAUGAAGUUGUUCCACCCCUACAACGCCCAGCUGGGGAUGGCCAUCAUGAAGGCCGGGGUCACCCACUGGCACGCGGGCCAGAUAGAGGAGGGUCACAGCCUGCUCUGUCAGGCCUUUGGGAUCCUCAUGGUCACACACGGACCGAACCACGCCAUCACCCAAGACCUGGAGUCGAUGCGGGAGCAGACGGAGGUGGAGCUGAAGAUGUUUAGGCAGAGUAAGGACGGGUAUCACAGCAUGAGGGAGGCGGCUCUGAAGAGUCCUGCAGCCGAUGAGAAGGUCAAAGGAGUGUGAUCACCGUGUGACCGGAUCAAACCGCUCUGAUGAUCUCAUGCAUGUCUCACUGUGCACAUGAUGAUGCACACAGUCUCUGCACCGAGGCUCUGAAUGUGUCUGUUGAGUCACAACAUGGUGCAUGUCGAGGAAAUCUGCAAUAAAACA